AUGUCCAAUUUCGAAAAGGAGGUCACCCAAGGACGCGGUGGAAGAGGAGCUCUCCACGGCGAUCGUAACGACAAGGGCCCAUCUCCCCUCGGAACAGCUAUCUUUAUCGCCCUCCGCGUCCUAGACCCAGUCCUGCAGUAUGGGAUCCUUCUCCCCGGUACUUCAUCACUAGCAGCGCCCAUCCUGGGUCUGUUCGGCGGUACUCCCCUACCACUCGAAGCCGCCUCCCUUGUGUUGGGCCUCUCACCUUGGCGCCUGACUCUGCUUGGUAUGUCAAUACUCGGCAGCCUCAAGGGAAUAUUCUACUUGAUCUAUGUAUCAGAGACGAAAAUGCCCAUUGCAACUGCUCUGCUGGUUGGAGUGUUUAAGGCGUUCUCAACAACGGUGAAUUCCCUCAUGUUCUGCGCCGCGGCAACAUCAGCAACAACAUCGUAUGUGCCUGAUAAAAGUACCGGCUGGCAUCCUCUUCUCUCGGCUGCCUGUGCAAUCUUCACAUUGGGUAUCACUGUGGAGAUUGUUUCGGAGCUCCAGCGCAGAUCUUUCAAAAAGGACCCCAGUGGACGGGGGCAGGGCAAGGUAUAUACUGGUGGAUUGUUCCGCAUUGCGCGCCAUAUUAACUACGGGGGGUAUACUGUUUGGAAGGCUGCUGCUGGUCUCGCGGCUUCAGGUUGGGGAUGGGGUGGACUUACGUUUUUGUGGUUGUUGGCUGAGUUCCGGAGGAGAGGCAUUCCGGCUUUGGAUGCUUAUUGCGAGAAGAGGUAUGGACAGGACUGGGAUCUGUUCAAGCGGAGGACCCGGUGGAAGAUGAUCCCUUUUGUGUAUUAA